GCAACAUCGUUCCUCUGUCAACAACACCUGCCAACUAAACUAUAACUCCCAUACGUCAUCAUGGACUCCAACGCUAUCGACCAGACUCCUCUCUCCGCAUCCCCCACCGAGCGCCGUGGCUCGCUCGAGAAGCACCUCCAGCAUCGACCCGACGUGCAGGACCUGAAAGAACGACACAUCCUCCUCGACACCAACGUGGCUCCAUCCCUCCAAGCCGCCCGAGAGGAACUCGCCCGCCACCGCAAAGCCGACGACCUUAAGAAACACCUCGAGCACCGCCCCGAUCGCGAGGAACUCGUUGAACGCAACAUCCUGCCCUCCUCGACAGCCGCCCCGGCCCUGCAAGCCAACGCCCGCGAGCUGGAGAAACACAUGCUAGCCGACCAUUUAGACCAAAAGAUCCAGAGCCGCCCGGCGCCGGACCAACUGAUCUCGCAGGGUAUCCUCACGGAGGACGAAGACCCGCGGUUCCCAGCUGUUUAGAAUGACAUGAAUACUGGCGUUUUUAUCUGUGUUAUUUUCGGGUCCCCUUGCUUGCGAACGGGUUUGAUUGUGCUGGAAUCCGUCCAUCCAUUUUUCUGGGAACAUGCUCUCGUCCUUGCUCUUAUGAACAUAGCUAUACUCAAACAACUGCAUUCCCACUUUCCCAC